AUGUUUUCAGUUAGGCGCGGGGUGGGAACUUCUGAUAGCCGAGGGCUUGAUGCGUUGAUCACGAGAAAGCGCAGCCGGGCACCUCCUGGGAAGUGCCCCUGCGCCGAUGAACUGCCUGACUGCAGCAUCUGGGGGGGUUGUGAGCCACGUGGAGGUGAUGCCCCCACGGGGGAAACGCGCGAGUGGGACAGCGCGGAAGAGACUGGCUUCCAGACUCGGGACGGGCUUCGGUUAGCGGUUAAGAAGAGUGGAGGCAGCAGCAUCUUCCUCCGCGUGGGGCUGCACCCCGCCUGCCAGGUCUCAGACCAGGCAGUACGGUCUCCGCUGCUGCUCCGUGUGUCAUGGGUGGAGAACCUGAGCGUGGAGAGGAGGGUGGGAAAGGACCCUGUGCCCGGCACAGAAGAGUACGGCACAAUGGAUGUCUAUGACCCUCAGAUGCUGGAUGUUGUAGUCUUUGGAGGUCUGAUGGUGGUAUUGGCCAUUGGGAUCUUCCUGCUGUUCUCCUUCAUGAAGAAGGUCCUCCUUCCUUCUGAGGAAGCCUUGGCCAAGCAAGGCAAAUACAUUAAGAAGACCAAGCAGCAGAAAAAAGAGGCAAAGAAGACAAAGAAAGCUGUUGGGAAAAAAGGAAUGGGAAAGAAAACGGAAGAGAAACCAAAUGGAAAGAUCCCAGAGCAGCACCAAAGUGCUCCAACUCUCAGCUCCGUCACUAUCAAGAAACCAAAUGUUCUUCCAACCCACGAGGAGCAGAAGCCUAAUGGACCUGUCAUGAAGGCAGCUGCAUCCAACAAGAGCGAGCCAGCACCUGCGGACUCGGAUGGGCCCCUCUACCUGCCCUACAAGACGCUUGUGUCCACGGUCAGCAGCACGGCGUUCAGCGAGGGGGAGGCCCAGCAGCUCAUCGAGAUCCUGAGGGAGAAAGCGGGCAUCGUCCAGGACACCUGGCACACGGCCAUGCAGAAGGGUGGCCCGGUCGCUGUCCUGGAACGCCGGCUGGAGGAGAAGGAGAAGCAGCUCGCCACUGAGCAGGAGGCUCCAGCCGCUGCCAGAAACAAGAGGCGGGAGCUGAGCAAGGAGCUGGUGGCCGAGUGGGCUAAGGUGACGGCUCUGGAGGGCAAGCUGAAGGUGCAGCUGCUGGCCUGCGAACAGGAGCUGGAGCUGACGCAGGCACGCAUGCAGGCCAGCCACCAGCAGCAUGUCAAGAAAACGCAGCAGCUCCAGGACAAGAUCCGGACCCUGCAGGAGCAGCUGGAGAACAGACCCAACACGCAGCUGGCUCGCCUGCAGCAGGAGAACUCCAUGCUGAGGGAUGCCCUCUACCAGACCAGCAGCUGGAUGGAGAGCAAGCACAACCCUGAGCUGGCCAGGUUGCGGGAGGAGUACGCCAAGCUGAUGAACGAGCUGCCUGAACAGUCAAAGGUGCUGCAGCGAAAGGAGCAGCAGAGGAAGAGCCUGGAGCUCAAAGCGUCAGCCUUGCAGAUGCAGAUGGAGCAGCUGCAGAGACCAGUCCUGCAGACACCUCGGCAAGGACGAGCCCUGGAUGAGGAUGACGACGAGCCGCUUUUGGGCACAGAAGAGUACGGCACAAUGGAUGUCUAUGACCCUCAGAUGCUGGAUGUUGUAGUCUUUGGAGGUCUGAUGGUGGUAUUGGCCAUUGGGAUCUUCCUGCUGUUCUCCUUCAUGAAGAAGGUCCUCCUUCCUUCUGAGGAAGCCUUGGCCAAGCAAGGCAAAUACAUUAAGAAGACCAAGCAGCAGAAAAAAGAGGCAAAGAAGACAAAGAAAGCUGUUGGGAAAAAAGGAAUGGGAAAGAAAACGGAAGAGAAACCAAAUGGAAAGAUCCCAGAGCAGCACCAAAGUGCUCCAACUCUCAGCUCCGUCACUAUCAAGAAACCAAAUGUUCUUCCAACCCACGAGGAGCAGAAGCCUAAUGGACCUGUCAUGAAGGCAGCUGCAUCCAACAAGAGCGAGCCAGCACCUGCGGACUCGGAUGGGCCCCUCUACCUGCCCUACAAGACGCUUGUGUCCACGGUCAGCAGCACGGCGUUCAGCGAGGGGGAGGCCCAGCAGCUCAUCGAGAUCCUGAGGGAGAAAGCGGGCAUCGUCCAGGACACCUGGCACACGGUAGGGCUGCCAGCACCGCCGUGGCCGCCAGGGCCGGGCCGAGCCUCGGGGGGUGCGGAGGGGUGA